UCUCGAUGGUUUUAAUAUUGACAUUUAAUAUAAUAGAAUAAUAAAAAAUAACAUAAUACCCAAGUGAAUAAGAAAGCGCUUUUCUUAUUCUGUUUACCUACGUGACGUCAAAAUAUUGUUUAAACAACUAUACUUUAUUAAUUUAAUUGCCUCAUCGUGAUUGGUUUAGUGCAAGCCGUUACAUAUAAGUUGGCAGAAAUUGUGGUGAAACUAAAGAAAUCUUUAAAAAGCAAAUAGCGGCGCUUGCGGCGACGCUGACUGACAUCUUGAUUGACGUGAGGCGCAUGCGACCAAGUUACCGACUUUAUUUUAUCCUCCCAGUGAUAUUCCGCUACUUAUGCGCAACUACGUCCCGACUUCACACAAAAUGUAAACCUUGAUCUACUUUAUAAACUAAAUUUAAGGUUAGCUAAUGUUAAAGUCAUGUUUUGAAUUAUGAUUUUGUGUUGGGACAUUUUGUUAGACUUUAUUAGUGGCCCCAUUCAUUCAGAGGCCAUUGGUCCGAAUACGACGUGUCAAAUUAAAAGUGAUACUUCUAACUCUUUCGUAUUAAUUGUUUUUUAGUCACAGACCGGUUUUAAUAUAUCUCAAUAUGACACAUGAACAUAAUAAAACGCGUAGGAAGCAUAGAAAUGAUUCGAAUCAUUACCUUGUUGACAGUUCCAUGUUGCAGUAGCGGUGGCAAAAAUAACAAACCUGCCUACACUAAGUGACAUUAAAAUAUUUUUCUCAAAACAAGAAACAAUGAAUUAUUGUCUUAAUAAAGUGUGCGAAUAUUAAAAAUACAAAUGUAGAGCCGAUCGUCGUGCGGCGGAGGCGGCGGCUCCGAGGGCCCGGAAGGGCGCGCGUCGUGGCGCGUCACGCUGGACCACGACCUUGUGGAAACUCUGAGCGCCAUCUACCCCGAGUGGUUCAAGCCGCAGCAUCGACGCGAGCGCAGCCGCGACGCCUCGCCUGCCUCGCCCGCCUCCACCACCCCCACCUCGCCGAGCACGCCGGCCACAUCGCCGAACGACGACACGUUCAGUUCGGGUGCCGAGGAAAUGGCUAGCCGCCAGGCGGGCGGCGGCGAGCCGGCAAGCUCGCCGCCGCGCGUGUCGCCGCCGAAGGUGGUCGUGGACGACAGCCCGCUGCAGCCUGCCAUGGGCAAGCAUAAGGAAUCUUUAAAGGUGAAGCUGAUGAUGAGGAGGCCCAUCAACCAGCUGGUGGCGCAGGGGAUUAUGCCUCCACUCAAGACGCCACCCGCAUACUUUGAACAGUCGAAGCAACUAGAGAGAGCAAAAACUGGAGAUCUGCUUAAAGCUAAAAUCCAGCGGCGACCAGAUCGUCAAGAACUUGAAAGAAGGCAUAUUUUGGAACAGGAGAGCCAUGUGGAUCCGAGCCUCGCGGAGAAGCAGCGCAUGCUCAAGAAGGCGCGGCUCGCGGACGCGCUCAACGACCAGCUGUCGCACCGGCCCGGCCCGCUCGAGCUCAUCAAGAAGAACAUCCUGCACACCGAGCAGGACAUCGAGACCGCCGUCAAGUCCGGCACGCUCGCCUUCCGCGCCACCUCCGAGGGCGCGUCCGGCCGCCCCGAGCACCCCUCCUCCUACUGCGGGCCCCCCGAGGAGAUCUCCCCCUCGCCCUCCCCGCCCUGCCUGCUCUCCCCCGCGCCCUCCCCGGCCCCCGUCCAACACCCCGCUCCCGGCAAAGCCGACAAAAACCGCAAGAAGACUAAGCAUAAGCAGCAGCAGCCAAAAGCGCGCUUUAAAUUCCACGAAUACAAAGGCCCCCCGAAUGCGCAUAAAGCGCCUUCACCCCCGGACUCGACCGAGACGCCGUACGAGCUGCUCCUACAACAACAGCAGUUGCUCCUACAGUUGAUGCCGGCGUCGCCGGCUCCUUCUUCCGCUUCCGUCGCGUCGGACUCCUCAGAUGCGUAUUCGGCGCCACCGCCACCGCCGCCGCCGCCGACGCCGCUGCAUGUUACGCUGCAUCACGUGCCGACGCGGUAUGAAGACAUGAAGGUGUCCGACCUUCGAGCGGAGUGCAAGCGUCGCAACCUGCGCGUUUCCGGACCGAAGCCGCAGCUGAUCAGCCGUUUGCGACCGUUCCUUCUGGAGAAGGGGGAAGAACCCCCGCGUUCGCCGGCGUCCGUCGCUUCGGUCGCCUCCGUCGCUUCGCCCGAGUCGCGCCCUGAGCCGGAACCGGCGGAGGACAUCGUGCAGUCGCAGCGUAGGCAGAUCGAGGAGCUCGAGCGGAAGCUGGAGGCGUCGCGCCAGCAGUUGGAAGCGGUGAGGCGCGAAGCGGCCGGCGCGGCCGCCAGCGACCAGAGCCGGAGACUUCUACAGGCGCACCUGUGUGUCACGCAACUGCGCGCCCAGCUGGACGCGCUGCAGCAGCCGCCCGCGCCCGCCGCGCCGCCGCCGGCCGCGCCCGCCGCGCCGCCGCCGCGCUACGUGCUGGCCGCGUCGGACGCCACGCCCGACCGCCUCGUGCGCCUCUUCACCGUGGCGCAGCCCGCCGCCGCGGACGUGGCCGACCCCACCGCCGCCAAGACGGCUAACUACAUCCUGAACGGCGUCAAGGUGGUCCCUAUCGCGAUAUUACCCUCGCCGCAUUACGAGCCCGAGCGCGUCGCCGCACCGCCUCCGCCGCCGCCUCCUCCGCCGAUGCCGCUUCCGACGCUGCACGACCGCAACGAGGACAUGGAUGACGUCAUCGAGCUGUUGGUGGAAAAUGGCGAGUUACCGCCUUCGGUAGUGAACGCCACGGAGACCCAACCGAUGCGAACUGAGUUCUUAACCGAUAGUGCCGACGCGUUCUCGCCGGCCGAAGUUCUCGGAGACGGUCGUACGCGGGAUUCGCUCGCCGCCGACGAGCUGCAGCGGGAGCUCAAUGACAUCCAGAACGAGAUCAUGAACCACGCCGACCUCCACGCCGUCAACGGCAACCGCUGCGACAUAGACUCCACCACCGCCGAUAUCGAUCCGGAGCUCACCGUGGAUUUGCUAACAAACAACGAUUUCCAUCCCGACUUCAGCUCCGAUCCCACGUCCGGCGACCACGACUUCUUCGGGCUGCUAUCGGGCGAGGCGGACCACGCGGACGAAACCUCACAGACCGCGAUGGACAUCGGCGAGGACCCGCCCGAGCGCAUGGUCAUGACCCCGCUCACCAACGGCGACAUACUCGACCACACGAGAACGGGCUUCGAGGACAUGGACGACCUGUCGCUGCCGUCGUUCCAGGAGGACACGAUCCAGGAGCGGGCGUGCGAGUUCGACUUGAAGGAGUUCGGGAUCGACAUCGGGUCGAGCAUGACGGUGGACGGGGACGCGUACGACUACAUGGACACGGAGCUGAUCCCGAACCUGUUCGGGCGCGGGCACGUGCCGCCGCGCGACCCGCUGCUGGGCGCCGUGCUGUCGCGGCCGGCGCCGCGGCCGGCGCGCAAGCUGUACUCGUGGGACCGCAUCGAGUACGACGCCACCUGACCCCCGCGCCGCCUCAUCGAUGCGGGCGCCGUCGAAUGCCUUAUUGGGUACUUCCAAUUUUAUCGUUAAACUAAAUUUAUGCGCGUUCGGUGUCGAUUAAAAUUUAUGAUCUCUAGUAGUCGGAGUGACGUCACGAAGUGGAAAAUGUGACGCUAAUUUUAUUCGCCGCGUAGCGACCCGCGCUAGUCUCCGGUGUCCCGCUCUUUCGAAAUCGGGAUCCUUAGUAUUGACUAGAUUAGAAGAGGAGUUCGGUGAUGUUUGAACACAUAGUGUUGGCAUCGAUAGAAUUAGUUAGAGACUUGGUGUUUUGUACUUAACAGCUGAGGCGACUCGUUUGUACCGCUAGUUUAUAAUAUAGUCUAAUUAUUCAUUGUAUCGUUAUCUGAGCGUCGCCGUCAUCGCUCGGCGCUCGUCCGUAUUGGAUCCAUUCUAUGUACUAUUAUUACUAGUGUGUAUAGGCAUUGUCUACUUAUGUAUAUAUUGAAAGUAUAAUGUAAUAAUACUCAACAUAGUUGUGGAUUUCUGCAUUCCGCCCGAUGACUUAAAACGUAAGGGAAAUUUAUCAUUAGGAAAAAUGUUUCUGUCGAGGCACUAACGGUCGAUCUUCGAGACACCUGCUACGUACACAUUGUGUUAAUUAUUAUUUAUUUAAAAUACAAAUUGAUGUGCUGUUAGUUAACAAAAAUGCUGUGUAUGAUGCCUCUGUCGUAUGUAAAGCUAUUUCCCAAAACAUUGUAUGACAUUCCAGUCUUGUUGAAGUGCAAUUUGCAGAGCUCCUACGCACUAGCCUCUGUCGACAAUACAGACAGCGGAACCAAUACUCGUGCAAUAAUUUGUCUAAACGUAUUUCUGACAGUAAGUUAUUUGGAGAGAGUUUGAGAAUUGCACGUUGACAAUCCAUCGUCAUGGGUGGGACCAGCUCGGGAACAAAGUUAGAUACGAAUCAUUUAGUUAAAGUACGGAGCCGGCUCCGCGCAUACAGACAAUUACACGGCAGGCCGAGGCAAGAGUUAUUGAAUAUCACUUUCUUCCUUUAAAACUUCGCGUAAUGCAUAUAAUCCUUUUUGAGUAAUAAAGCCAGCUUCAGAAACAGCUACGCAAAAAUCACUUGCUUAAAACCUCCACGAGGUAUUAUUGACAAGUGCCGUAACAGAUAAUCUAAGUACUUUGCUCGUGUGGCUGUUUUUGCAACUGACAGCUGAAAAUCAAAUUGUUAUAACAAUUUAUUGUAUUGGAGAGUGUAAUUAGCAUUGUCCUUGACAUUUUAACUGAAAGGAUUCUUACGUAAACAUUACAUUCUUGAAAAUAUAUCAUUCCAAUUUAUUAUUGUCUAAAGUGUAGGAUAGGUGAACCAUUAUGAGUAAGUUGCUGUUUGAUUGAACUGCUUAGGCGGUUUUGUACAUUGUUUCUUCAAAUCCCUCGCCUGUUGGUGUAAUUGUGUGGCUGCAUUAUUUAUAAUUAUUUAUUUCAUUAUUUGAUGGUGUACCGUUUGUUUUGAUCGGGUGUGUUCAUUGCGAUGUGCGAGGUCUUCACUAAUUUAUUUGUGUUAAUUAACUAUAUAGUUACGUUAAUGUCAUAACCCUAGUGUAACCAGAACAAGAGCGAAAGGAAACAUAGUUUUAUGAAAUUAAAUUGCCAUUAAUUGCAUUUAUGUAUAUGUUAUCAGAAUACCUUUAGAACAACGAAUGUGGCGUUACUGCCCGCUUGUGCCAAUCUGUAAUACUUUUAGAUUCACCUUCCGCUUUGUGAUAUAUAUAUAUAUUAACAUGCAUAUAAUCUAUAUUUAUAUACAAAUUAUAUAACCUAAUCUGGGCUUUUUUUGCACAUUUAAAUAUAUAGAUAUUGGUCUGAAAUUAUUAAAGCUGGUGGUAAAAUUAUGUGACCGUAUUUUGAAAACGCUUGUGUUUUGAAGUGCAGUCAUAUAACGGUUGGUGCUAAUAUAAUGUAAGGGUAACAUUGAUUUAUAAAGUAUCAUUUUUAGGAUAACUAACGGAGCCAAGUACUUGUAUGUGUGGCUCUAUACAUUUCAACGACUAAUAUCGUAUUUAUCACCUCCAGAGAAUUAAGUUCUUUUUUCUGUCAAACCAAUAAGCAAAACAAUGCUAACAGCUGCCACAGCUGGUAAAAAUAUUAAGUUGCUGUUUGCUUAUUAAGUAAUUUGUAAACUUAAGUAAUAAAUAUUCCAUUAUCUAAGUAAAUUUUAACAAUACCCUUUAGAUUUAAAUAUUUAUAAAAAUCUAUUUGCUCAUUAUCUAAAAUGUACCUACACUGUAUAGCCAAUUAUUGGAGUCAACGUGCGUGGUAGACGUAUAUUUCCAUUGGUUGUUGUGUAAUCGACUUCAACACUAACAAGCUUGUGUGUUUCAUGGCUUUCAUACUCACUCUUUUAAGAGUUAGUUUAAAUGUAUUUAACGAGGAUACUAAGUGAGAUUAAUGUUUUGAUAAAUAGUAUUUAUGUAUCAGCAUAUUUGUUAUUGUUGUAAUUAUUUUAGGAGAGUUUUAAUAUUUGUUUUAACUAGAUUAUAUUCCGAAGUGAUAAAUAAAUCGUGCUGAAUUUAACAUGCGUACUUUAGCUCUCUGUAAUACGAAUAUUUAUAAAAUAAGUAUUAUACAUUGGCUUCAAUGAAGAAUAUCAAUUACAUGUAGCAAUAUUGGUUUGGUGUAUUUUACGCAAAAUUCGAAAUAAGUAGUUAGGGUCAUAAACAUGUAUACAAAUUUACACCUUAUCUGAUUGCAAUAAGGUUGAAUAAUGUAUACGUAUUUAUGACUGCGCCUACUACUGAACUAUUUUUGAAUUAUCGCAAUAAACCUGCUUAGAUAUCAAUUGUAAUUUUUAUAGGUACCUAAUAUAGGGUGCACAACAUUGGGCUUUAAGCCCGUUUUCUAAAAUAAGAUAAAUCAUAAAAAAAAACAAUCAAUAAAUACGUUGUGAUAACUAAUAGAGUCGAUUCUAUAGUAAUCAAAGUUUUAUACCUUGCCCUGUAUUUGAAGCCUUGUGUAAAUAUUCAUCAAGCCUUUACUAGCAUAAGGAAAGAAUGUUACAUUAAAAGUUUUGACACAAAUAAA